CGAUGCGAGCCGGCAUCAGCACUCGUCGUGGAAAAGACCGAACGAGUCCUACGAGCUUUGUUCGAUUACCGCAGGCGUCACGCGCUAACCAAUCAACCAUCCGUUAUAUAUCCGUUACUUCCGGAAAGACGAAAGGUUGAUUGGCUGCUCGGCCAUCUCGUGCCGUGCGACACGUGUGUCGCGUCCUCUAUACAAGAGCCAUUACUCGCGCGAGACCUGCGACUUCCGGUUCGACGGGCUCGUCGAUGUUUGUUAUGCAGUGCGUCGCAUGAGACCGAACAUGAAAACGGUGGAGGGAAAAGUGGUGGUGCUGGGGUCGCAAGGUGUAGGCAAGACGAGCCUGAUUGGACGUUAUAUGGGAAAAGUGUUCAAUCGUCAUGAGAAUCCCACGAUAGGAGCGUGCUUCCUCAACUGCAAUCUGAAUCUCGAGGGCGCCCGGGUGAAGCUACAAGUAUGGGACACCGCCGGCCAGGAAAGAUUCCGCUCCAUGGCGCCGAUGUAUUACAGAAACGCGAACGCGGCGAUGCUGGUGUUCGACCUCACAGAGUACAGCACGUUCUCGGCGAUCAAAAGCUGGGUGACGGAGUUACAGAGGAACGUGGAGGAAACGAUGGUGCUAGUGGUGAUCGGCAAUAAAUCCGACCUGGUGCAACAACGACAGGUGAACGACGAGGAGGGUCGCGAGUACGCGACGAAGAUCGGCGCGACCUAUCACGAGACCUCGGUGCUGCACAAUGAGGGUAUCGAGACGGUGUUUCUGGCGAUCGGUGUCGGUCUCCUGAGAUUACAGUCGGGCAAUCAAGACAUGGAGACCUCUUUGAAGAUCGGCGACUCGAGCAGCUCUUGCAUGCGCAGCAACGGCAUGCCGGCCACGCCCUCAAUCGAGGAGAGCCCGCCGAACAUGAGUAUCGCACAUGCCAUACACGAGAGGCCGUUUACCUGCUGUUAGUUUCCGAUUAACGAAAAAGAUUCGCGAGAUUCACAGGGG